UGAUAUAACUUUGUUUUCUUUUCUUCUUGCUCAUCAUCUCGUUUCUUGCAGAUUUCUCUCCGUUGACUAUGGCUCUAGAUACUUCACAGCAUCCAGACAAACGCGACUUCAAAGAACGCUUCCUGACAAAAUAUAACGAAUGGCAUCAACAAGCCCCCCAAGAAAAGAAGCAGGAAGUGAAGGAGGAGGAAGAUCGUCUUGAAACCAAACCUGCACCUCCAAAACACGAAAUCUACGGGUUCGAUAACGAGAUCAAGUCACUGGAGAACUUCUUGCUGGACCAAAAGGUUUACAAGGAGUUCAAGAGUCUUGUCAUUGUCGGAGAAUACGGUGUCGGGAAGACAGCCUUGUGCCAGAAGAUUUUCAACAAAGAACAAGUCAAGAGUGUCUACGCUCCAAGGAUUUGGGUUUCUAUGCAUAGCAAAGACGCAAGAGAAGGAGAGGACAAGAAGAUAUCUGUGUUGAAGAGGCUCUUGAAGGAUCUUGGAGUUGGAGAUGAAAUGUUUGAAUCCAUCCACGAGGAGGCUAAGCAAGAAUUAUCAACGGAGAUGGAGCGUGGGGGAGCUGGUGGAGAGACGGUGGAAGAGAAGGAGCGCUCUGCUCUUCUCUACGCGCUUCACUUGAAUCUGAGGUGGAAGAAGUAUCUGAUUGUGUUUGACGAUGUUAGAGAAGAGGACAAGUGGGACGAGAAGCUGGAUGAGAAACUCAAGGAGGAUGUGAAAUGGGGAAAGCAUCUUUCAGAUGGGUUCCCUAAAGGGUCUGGUGGGAGAGUCAUAUACACGACCAGGGAUAAGACAGUGGCGGAGAAGCUGGUUGCGGAGAGACAUGAGAUCCAUCGUCUUUGGUCUUUGUCUGAUCAUAAGAAUGUCUGGGAUAUAUAUCAAGCAGUGGUCGAUGAGAAAGGGAAAGAGCCUCCGAGGAACGACAAGAAAUGCAUAGAUGAGCUGAUGAACAAGUCUCGCGGUCUUCCUCUGGCUGUAAGACUGAUUGCUGAGCUUGAUCCUGUGUUUCUUGAUGAUGAAAAUGUCGCGGCUCAGGACGGUUCUAAUAAUGGAACAACCGAGGAGUCGCACAACCCGGCCGACCAGUCCAACCAAUCCAACCCCUGAGAAGUGGAUUAGCCUCAUCCGGACUCUCUUGGCUCAUGUUUCCAGAGCUGUUUCAAUGCUAUUAUCAUCAUCAUCAAAUGUUGCUUAUUUUUUCUUGAUUUCUUGUAUGUGUUUCUUGUUUCAUGUUGUUUGUUUGUCACUUUGUUGUAUCAAUAAACAAGAAUCUCUGAGAUGUGUUUCUUUAAUGGAAUGGAACCAUCUUUCUUAA